AUGUCCGACAACGAAGACGACUUCUUCACUAAGCUUGCAAAAAAGGAUGCAAAUAACGACUCUUCCACUCCGGAUGCAGCCGAAGCCGACGGCUUCACGGAGGAGGAAGAGGAAAUUUUACAGACUGCACUGGCCGAAUGGAAGGUGAAAGCUGGCAGCGAUGACACAUCUGCUUUGGCAAAACUCUCUGCCCGAGCUGCAAAGGACGUUGCAGGCCUUAGAGAGGUGGACUCUUCAGCCGAACUGGAGCAGGCUGUCAGUGUGUGGCUUACAAACGAGACAACGGUCGCCAAGAUUUUGUGGAAACCCAACUGGCAACCAGGGAGGAAGUGGAACGCUUUCGACAUUGCGGAGCUUCGCCAACAGCCCAACUACCUGGCCAAGAUGGACACCUUGUGGGAGGAACAGCUGGCGGCAAUCAAGACGAUGAUGCCGACUGUGAGCCCUGAAGAUUAUCCUCAGUUCCCUUCCAGGGGUAGUUCCCAUUGGUUGUCCCUGUACAGUCGGGCUCGGAGCUUGGUAUACCUUGACUUAGACCAGGCGACAGUAGACGAGUACAAGAAGGUCGCCGAUAGUGCCAACACGACUGGUGCACCUCCGGAUAUUCAAGACUUGACCUUUGAUCGCCGAUUCAAGCCAGCUCUGAAGAAUGUUGCCGACUACCUGUGGAAAGGCUGGCGUGUCAUUGUCAAGAUCGAGUAUGCAAAGUACAAGGCCGAUGGCGGCGUGCGAUUUGGAUGGUAUGCUUCCCGUUUCAAUGGGAGAUAUGGACUGAAGCUCAUGGAUAACAGCUGGGAUGGCACUAGAAUACAUCGUAUGCCUGGGACGAAGGCAUUCACCUCUGUGGAAGGGAUGGAACCAGGCUCCUGCCCCUGCUUCAAGGGAUGGGUUGACUAUGGACACGCUGGCACAGGUCAAGGCACGAAGGAAGCCAUAGCCAAAGCAUCGGCACCAAAGCGGACACCAGUCCAAUCGGAUGCCGACGGCUACCCCAAGGUUCCACCAACCUACCGGAACACGAAGGACCUCCAGAACAUAUGCCGACAGUUUGUGACCAUGGCUCUCGCCCAUGCUUCCCACCGCACAAAAGUCGAGGUACCUUGGUCAACAAUUUCUGAGGGGAAUUCCGAGUACAUUGAAGGCGACGCAUUCCCCCUAUUCUGCUACGACGCCGACGAUGGUGAUGUUCCCGUCUACCUUGUCAAUCCUUGCAACAUGCACAUUGAACCUCUGAAAACCCUUAUCGAUCACUGGCGCGAGCAAGAAAAGAAGGGUCUCCGGCCUGUUCGCUUCACCCAGGAUUUCCUAGAUGAGCUCCCGGCUGGAAGGUAUAGGGCUAAGCGACGGUUUGGUAAAUCAUACAAGGACGCCGACAUAGCACGCGCAUUCGUUCCCCAGAAGAAAUCAUCAUCAUCUCCAUCGGCGUCCAAAGGGUCAACGGCAGCGGUGUCAGCGAGAGCACAACAAAAAGCGCCAAAGCCAACAAAAGCGCGUGUGCCUCGUCAUUUGAAGCGGCGUCGAACAACUGCCAAGCGCACUGACGAUGUCGAUGAGGAUGCCUCCUCUAGCUCCUCCGAGGAUAAGGCCAUGGAUAUUUCUCUGGUUCCUCGGCGCCCUAAGAAGAGGGUGAGGCCAGUCAUCCACUCAGAUGAGUCGGGUGAUGAAGGGACUGCUGGAGAUGCCAGCAACGUCGCCCAGGAGGAUGACGGAGAGGACGAGGAGGAUGAAGAUGAGGAGGAGGAAGAGGAGGACGAGGAGGACGAGGAUGGGGAGGAGGGGGAGGGGGAGGAAGAGGGGGAGGAAGAAGAUGAAGAGGAGAGUGUUGACAAGGAUGACAAGGACGCGAACGAAGCAUUCAAGGAGCAUGCUGACAAGCAGAGUGCGGAAACUGUUGAGGCACGGGAUGAAGAUCAUGCCGACGAGGACGACUCUGAGAUGGAUGAGGUGGAAGACCAGGUGGAUGCCGGCAUGGAGGAAGCUGACACGGAGGAGCAGGAGCAGGAGCAGGAGCAGGAGCAGGAGCAGGAGCAGGAGCAGGAGCAGGCGCAAGGGCAAGGGCAAGGUGACGCCGCCCACGUGCAACGACUUUCAGCAGCUUGGUCAUUAUCUCAUUGCUCCUACAUUGAAGACGCCGCUGCCAUCGGCAUCACAGUGUCAAAGCCCACAAGCGGCAUGUGGUCUAGCAAUGCUCCUGCCUUUGCUGCCGUGUUGAGCUCGAUGUCGGCAGGCGUUGAUGUAGCUGCAACCACAGGUGCACCAAAGGGAACUCAAGUGUCCAUGGACCAUCAAACGGUGUCUGCAAAGGCAACAAUCAAGGAUGACUGCCGUCCCAGGAUGGCCAAGAGUGCUGUAGCCUUGGCAUCAGAGCCUAGAGGCCCCCGCAGCAGCAGGAAGGCGCCAGUUCGUGGUCAGACAUUGAAGGCGGCAACAGACCCCUUGGGGGCAUCGAAUGUCGGCGUCAAAACCAGGGCCCAACUCAAGGACAUGUCCAAUACGAUGGUCACAAGGAGCCGCGGCGUCAAUAAGAGGAAACCGGACAUGGCCAAGGAGGCUGUGCCUUCGAAGAGGAGAAAGACACGCCGAUAG